AGAACCGGAAGCGGGAGGGGAGAGUGAAACAGGAAAAGAAGGGAAGAAGGAAGAAGAGGGAAGAGGAGGAGAGGGAGGAGGAGGGAGGUGGCGGCGCCGUGGCGGAGGAGCAGGAGCAGGAGGGGGAUGGAGAGGAGAAGGCUCCUGGGUGGCAUGGCGCUCCUGCUCCUCCAGGCGCUGCCCAGCCCCCUGUCAGCCAGGGCUGAACCCCCGCAGGAUAAGGAAACCUGUGUGGGUACCAACAAUCAAAGCUACAUCUGUGACACAGGACACUGCUGUGGACAGUCUCAGUGCUGCAAUUACUACUAUGAACUCUGGUGGUUCUGGCUGGUGUGGACCAUCAUCAUCAUCCUGAGCUGCUGCUGUGUCUGCCACCACCGACGAGCCAAGCACCGCCUUCAGGCCCAGCAGCGGCAACAUGAAAUCAACCUGAUCGCCUACCGCGAAGCCCACAAUUACUCAGCGCUGCCAUUUUAUUUCAGGUUUUUGCCAAACUAUUUACUACCUCCUUAUGAGGAAGUGGUGAACCGACCUCCAACUCCUCCCCCACCAUACAGUGCCUUCCAGCUACAGCAGCAGCAGCUGCCUGCACAGUGUGGCCCUGCGGGUAGCAGCCCCCCAGGCGCCGAUCCCACCAGGGGCUCCCAGGGGGCGCAGAGCAGCCCCUUGUCUGGGCCCAGCAGAAGCAGCACGAGACCUCCAAGCAUCAUCGCUGACCCUGAGCCCUCUGACAUGCCAGCCAACCCAGCAGCCACCAAAGCCCCUGGAAUGGAGCCCAGUGGCUCUGUGGCUGGCCUUGGGGAGCUGGCCCCUGGGGCCUUCCUGGACAAGGAUUCCGAAUGUAAGGAGGAGCUGCUGAAAGAUUACAGCUGCGAGCCAGGUAGUGCCCUCCCCGACAGUAAGGACAAGACGCCUGGCAGACAUCGCCGCUUCACGGGUGACUCGGGCAUUGAAGUGUGUGUGUGCAACCGGGGCCACCACGACGAUGACCUCAAAGAGUUCAACGCGCUCAUUGACGACGCUCUGGAUGGACCCCUGGACUUCUGUGACAGCUGCCAUGUGCGGCCCCCUGGCGACGAGGAGGAAGGGCUCUGCCAGCCCUCCGAGGAGCAGCCCCGAGAGCCUGGGCACCCCCACCUGCCACGGCCUCCCGCGUGCCUGCUGCUGAACACCAUCAAUGAGCAGGACUCCCCAAACCCCCAGAGCAGCAGCUCCCCCAGCUAGAGCACCCGGGAACUUGGCAAAGCAACCAGGGUAGGGGAGAACCACGAGAGAAGCAUUAAGUGACUUUCAGAGAAAGUGGCACAGCCACUUGGUUCUUUUUUCUUUUUCUUUUUCUUUUUUUUUUUCCUCCUCCUCUGCUCCUGCAUUUUCCUAUAUCUCCAGGUACAGUUUGGGGUAUGGAUGCCUCUCUCCCGCCACAGAAGCACAGUGUUGUGGAGGGCUAAGAAGUUGGCUCUGUGACUCAUUCCUCAUACCCGACCCCUCCCCACCCUCCCCCAUCCCCUUUUUCCCCCUUUUCCAGUCACAUCUCACUACCUGCUUGGGUCAGAGAGAUAUGUGUUUUAGGAACCCCCAAAGAAGGGGGCUGAGACUGUGCCCUGGGGUGAGUGACUCUUGGUGAUGGAGUGCAUUUUUUGGUGUUAGUCUCAGUCCGGGAAAGGUGGCAGGUCUUGGCCCUGGGUGAAGAAGGAAGCCCGCAGAGACCCAGGGGUUGUCACCCCUCGCCACUGGUGUCUGCAGAGCCAGAAUUGGGCUAACACUGGGGCGGAUGAGAGCGGACGGGCAGUUGUGCGGUAGGUUGGUGGGGGGCUUGUGCUCUCAAAUUCCAGGUGACGGGAUCGAUGCAUCACGGUGCAUCCUUGAUGGGCCCUGCCCGGCAGCUUCUGCUCGGCUGCAGACUGGUUCAUGUGUAGAAGAUUCUACUGUUGUCUCUUUGGUUUUUCUUAAAAAAUAAAAUAAAAAUAAAAACAAAAGCGAGCUAAAAACAAGAACUUGACCAGUGGGCAGGCAAGAAUUCUGUUCUGGAAAAGGGAAGUUGGUGGCUCUUUGCCAAGUUGGCCUUCAAAGAGCCUGGCUGUAGUGGAGGCAGGAGGUGUUUUGUGCACCUGCGGGUGAGGGCUGCCCCUGGCACUUCUGUGGGUGCACAGCAGGCCCUGGGCCGUAGUGGUGGCCAGAGGUGCAGCUGUCUGCAUCUCUGCCCUUUGGUCUGUGCUCGCAGGUGACCAGGGCCCUCCCCCAUCCCAAGCACACAGUCUGCAGGCCUUCGUGUCUCACUGUUCUCUGUGAACAAAUGAGGAGGCUGUGGGUCCUGAGGGAGGGCAGCCCCACCGCCUGGCUCUCCCACAGUAUUUUCUCUUGAUCCUGAAUAAGUUUUUUUUUUUUCCUUUUUUAAACUGACCACUUAGAAGAAAUGCCUUGGUUAUCUGUGGUGUCAUGCCCUUUCCCUGCCCCCCAUCCCGUGAGUGGGGUAACUAAUUGUAGCCUAUGAAACGAAUCCAGGUGGUUCAGGUAGGGGGUGCAGGCAGCCGUCCAGAAGGAACACAGGAUCCUCAUUACUGUAGUUGGGCUUCAGAUAACCAGUUGAGCUUUGAUAGGAAUCUGUGUGGAGAAAGCAAAUAGCCGAAAUUAACAUUCCCUGCCCAGCCCUGUUCAUAUGAAGAGUCUGGUUCCUUCCGCACUCUUGAACGAUGAUAUUCAGACUAGGCAUUGACGAUAUGGUAAGAAAGGAAAAAAAUAUAUAUGUAUACAAAAAUAGACAAAUCCAAGGCUGCGAGGUGAACGAGUGUCUGCGUUUGGAGUCCACAAAACCAAAAUCCAUGUUGAACCAAGUGAAGUCCGUAUACAGUGACUUUUUAGAUAAACCUGUGUGUGUCUGUCCAUUGUGUGUUGAGCCCCUGACCCUGUUUUCCUGUGAAUAUACUUUGAAUGGCAGCCAUUCUGCUCACAUUAACCACACGUUUGGAGCAAAUAUGGCCCUCUCAAGGUAAUUUAUUUUACGCAUUUACUGUUUACUGAACAAAUGUCUGACUGUGUACUCGGGUGUAUUCAGCAGCAUUGUUGACCGCAGUCCCCAGUGUCUGCCAGCAAUGCUGUGCUCGAAGUAGAGGUUUUACUCUACCCAUCACUGCAAUUUGCACAUUGCUCCGUGGACACUCGGAGGCCUGUGUUCUGUUCCCUGUAAAUGGAAACGUGCUCUGAACCUGUCUGCUUCCCUCGGCUGCUCCUGGCCCUGAGUAUCAGCCCCCAGGGGGUGUCCACAACCACUUGGGACAGAAGACGAAGGUGGAACUUCAGACAGAAGCUUAAUUGGAUCUUCAGUGACAAGCUUGGACUAGCUGGGGCCUAGACGUUGGCUGUGCCCAGAAUUGCCAGGAGGGUUUGGCAGACACCACAGGGCUUACCUCCCUCUGCUGAGGCCCAGUGUAUGCCAGCAAGCUGGUGUAUGGCGAGAGUAGGCGGGAGUGCGUCAGCAGCCCUCAGAAGCCUUCCCUUCCACCAUCUAAAAAAAAAAAAAAUCCCGAACAACUUACUGAAGAGUCUCCAAGGAGAUCAAGUUUUACCAAAAUGAAUCCUUCUAGAGUUAACUGAUCAAAUGGAUGAAUUCUGGCCCUCUCAAGUUUCCUUCCCCAGUUCGAGUGGGGAACUGGUCUGAGCGUGAACUGUUAGGUUCACUGCAGCGUCCUACCUUAACAGCACAAGAAGAUGGAACCGGUGGAGCUGGGCGUGAUUCCAGCAGUCACAGUCUGGCCUCUGAUACAGGAGGCCACCCUACAAGGAGACAGAUGGAAAUCGGGAGUCGAAGGACUGGUUAGAGGGCCAGGGGGGUUUGAUUGAGUCAGGUUUUCCAGGUGAAAGAAGGAAGGGGUUGGUUGAGGGUUUGGUGCUACAGUCGGAAGAUUUGCAAAUGCUAACACAUUCCUAUGUGAGGCACAUCACCAUUUGUCAGUUAUUGUGAAUAUGUGUAUUUUAAGCAAUAAGAUUCAGCUGGUCAGACUUUUCUGGGCAGUCUCGGUGACACAUUUCCUGUGCUGUGAUUGUUCUGAAGACAGAGUGGCUCUAACCACUGUGAGAAGCCCAAAUAAAAUCGAUCCCAAAAAUG